CCUGGCCGGACGUGGCACCUCCCCUGCGGCGGCAGGGGCCGGGAGGUGGGGUCGGGAGCCCCAGCCCCGGGCUCUGAUGUCACCGCGCGGCGGUCGGCGCGCGGGAGCUCGUCUGGGCCAGGAGUUCAGGAAAGGUCCCAAAACGCGCCGGCCAGCGGCCAUGGGCCCCCCUGGCAUCCCCAGAGUCCCGCUGUCGUACCACACCGUGUGACUCUGCCGCCCCCUGCGGUCACCAGGCUAGUGCCUCUCUCCCGCCUCGACUUUCAAGAGCCUGAAGCCCCAGGCCCGGCGGAGCUGGCCUCAGCACUCACCUGCGCAGUUAUGGAGGCCCCGGGGCCGGGGGGCGACCGCGCCUCCCCAGCCUCGUCCACUCGCAGCCUGGACCUGCGGCGGCUGUCCGCGCGCGCCGACUCGGCCUACAGCUCUUUCUCCGCCGCCUCCGGGGCUCCUGAGCCGCGCACGCCGUCGCCUGGGACCGAUCUCCUACCUUACCUGGACUGGGACUACGUGCGUGUGGUGUGGGGCGGCCCGGCCCCCGCCAGCAGCCUUCGCGCCUCCCCGCAGCCCCGGCCCGCGGCCACCGUGCAUAGUGGGCUGCGGCCCCCAGAGGCUCGGGGGACGCCGGGGCCGCUCAGCCGGCAGGUCACUCCGCUGCUGUUUGCGCUGGCCGCCGAGGCGGAGGCGCGGGCCGCGGAGCCGCCCAGCCCACCUGCUUCGCGGGCCGCCUACCGUCAGCGGUUGCAAGGCGCCCAGCGGCGCGUGCUCCGGGAGACGUCCUUCCAGCGCAAGGAGCUCCGCAUGAGCCUGCCCGCCCGCCUGCGUCCCCCAGCCCCCAUGCGGCCCCCCGCGGCGCACCCGCGCUCGGCCUCGCUCAGCCACCCCGGCGGCAGGGAAGCGGUGCCGGUGCGCUCCGGGGCUCCCUCGAGGGGAACCGUUGGCCGCGGCCGCCUAGCCACCCAGCAGCAGAAGUGGUGUUUCUCCGAGCCUGGGAAGCUAGACUGCGUGGGUCGGGGCGGUGGAUCCGCAGGGGAAUGCUCGAGGGAGGCUGGCUCCAGUUCUGGGGUCGUCAGGCCCGACCCCCAGGAGCAUAAGGUGCCCGCAGAAUUCGAAGGUCACCGGAACAGAUGGCUGCCUGAGACCCAGCCCCAAGGCGUGGAGGACCCAGAACCUCGGUCCCGGAAGCUCUGUGACACCUAUAGGCCUUCCAGUCGGAGUCAGAGCGCUUCAGGGGAAGUCUUGGCUCUUUGGGGAGGCCCAGGAGGGGUCAUGCCCAUUGUCCAGACUGUUCUCCAAGGAGCUGAAACCCCCAGACCAUUGCUUCAGACCAAACUUGCCAGGUUCCUGACCCAGAAGGAAGCUGCAGUGAUGUGUUCUGCAGAGUAUCCCCCGAGCAGUCCCGCUGACUGGGAACAGAGGGUCUCAGAGACGUGUAUGGGGUCUGCCCGGCUCCCAUCCCUUCCAGAUGAUGAGGUUUUCCUGGAGGAAGUCCCCCUGGUCAGAAGGAGAUCACCUCCAGACACCCAUGCCCCUCCGGGAAACCCAACCAGUGUCCAUGUUUCUGAGCAGCAGUAUGGAACUGGCUUGGGCCAGAGUGCCGAUCAGGCUACAGUCCCCUCGGAGCACCCCCUCCAUGAGCACCCAGGGACUGCAGGGGCAGAUGACUGCUGGCAGAGGAUAAAUGGCUCUAUGGGGUUCUCUAAGACCGUAAACUAUAGCCCCCCCGGGAUUGCAAAUGGUGACAUUGCAACCUUUGACCCCAAUGGACUGCUGACCGUUGACUCACUGGCAGCUGCAGAGAGUGACCCUCUCAAACCUCUCCCAGUUGAUGCCCCAGGACCUCCAAGCAACAAUACCCCAGGUGCUUCUGGCCAUAAUGCCCUGGCUUGGGGCACUGGCCAGCCUGGUUCCAGGCCAACAUGGCCCAGUCCUCGCCAUGAGGAGCUGGUUCAGGAGCUGGCCAGACUGGAUCCGUCUCUGAGUGACAGUCUCACUUCCUGUCCCAGCCCAGAGCCACCCCUGGACCUGCUAGAUGGGCUGAUUCCUUUAGCAGAGGUCUGGGCUGCAAUGAGGCCACUCUGUGAGGAAGCUGGAAAGAAGGCUGGUGGUAGUCCUGAGCCAGGGUUCUAUCUAUUUAGCUCCAGCCAGCUCCUGUCAACUUCUCUGGAGGAGACGAGGUUUGAAAACCAUACCACCCACCCUGUGCCUGACCAGGCCUGUGGCCAGGGUCUCCCUCAACCAAAUAGCAGCAUACAAGCCAAGAAAAUGGAGCUAGCUGACCUCCUCCAAAAGAUGCUGCGGAACCUUGAGGCUGAGCAGGAGCAGCUGCACGAGGCCGCCCAGGCUUGGGCCAGGCGCGGGGCUGCUCUGGAGGCCGUGGUGGGCCAGUCCUGUUCUCCCCGAGACCUAGAGCGGUUCAUCAGGUUCAUGGCCGACCUAGAGCGUGUACUUGGCCUGUUGUUGCUGCUGGGUAGUCGCUUGGCUCGCGUGCGGCGCGCCCUGGCCCGGGCUGGCGUAGACUGCGACCCAGACGAGCAGGCCUCUCUGCUGCAGCGACUCGGGCUCCUGCAGCGGCAGCAGGAAGACGCCAAGGAACUGAAGGAGCAUGUGGCGCGGCGGGAGCGGGCCCUGCGCGAGGUGCUGGUGCGGGCCCUGCCCACUGAGGAGCUGAGCACCUAUCGUGCCCUGCUGGCGGGCAAGGCCGCUGUCCUGGCCCAGCAGCGCAGCCUGGACGAGCGGGUCCGGCUCCUUCAGGACCAACUGGACGCCAUCAGGAGCGACCUUGGCCGUUGUCCUCUGACUCCCAGUCUGGCCUGGCCCCCAGAGACCCGUCUUCCAGAUAAACCGCCCUUCCUUCCGCCCCUCCUCUAAUUACAGGUGGUGGCGUGGGGGUGGGGUUGGGGGACACCGCCUCUGCCCCUUAUCCACAUCACUCGGGAUGGGGUGACGCUGGUUGAUUCGGUGCUUUUCCCUUGCGGGGAGAGGGAAGACCCAGGCGGGGUCUUCCCAGGAUCCUUCUAAGUGUUUUCUUGUAGCCUUACCCAAGUAUUGUGGGUUAUUUGUUAAUUAAUUUAUGGAUUUUUAAAACUGCAGUAUCCCUCCCCUUUUUGUGAGGAAAGAGGCUCUGUCUGGGUUGGUGGGAGGGAGAGGAGACAAAUCAAAGGAGCAUUUCUACUUAAUAUGCAAAAUUGUCUUUUUUUUUUUUUCUCUUUCUUAAUAAUAAUUGAUGUGAGAAGUGUGUGUGUCACCUGGAGCCUCGCUUGGGGGAGAAAUCUUGUUUAUAGACAAAGUACACCAGCCUUGCCUGACUAGAGCAGAAGAGGAAUUUGCUGGAGGACCUCAGUCAGGUCUGGGAAUCCCUGGGAAGACUGGGAUACAGGCUUGAAACCUGGAGAGACCAAGGGGAUGCCAGGCCUUGUGAUUCUACUGCCACCAGUUCUGGUAACUCCAUCACUACCACAAAGGCCGAGGCCUGACUGGUCAACCCCAGGUCUCCUUUGCUGGUUUUCACCCAAGCCUCCACCCUCAGAAGUACAAGUGAGGGUAACAGCUUCCCCUCAGGACUCAAGGGAUAGGGAAUUUCCUCAUAUACAUAAUAGGUUCAGUUGUUUGCUGCCUAAAAACCUUGAUGAAUUCAGGGACAAUUAUUCCAAGUCUCAGCAACAAAUAUAUUGUCAAAAGUGAGUUUAUCAAGAGACCCCACGAGAUCCACCAUGCUUGAGGAGGACAGUUGGGCAUGGGAGCUGAAGGGAGGAGUCAUGGUCUGGAGACCUAGAAUGGGGGACUGAGGACCUGGAGAGACUGCUCUGCUUGUGUGCUAGAGGAGAUAAGCUGGGGGUGAGCUGGGGUUGGGAGUGGGAAGUUAGGUGCUGGUGUGGAAUGAAUAGAGGAGACACACACUCCCUUCUUUUUGGGCAUCAGCCUCGUGUGCACAGAGUCAAUGUUAAGUUCUCAAAUAUACAUGUGAAAAUGUGCUUUAGUAUUUGCAGCUGCACACGCCAGGGCCAAGAACAUUGUUGAUGCAAACGCUGAGUGUAUUUUUGGAAGUUGGGCACAUUUAAAGGCAUGUGUAUGUGUAUUUAAAGCCAACUGACCCCAAAGUGAGAAAUCUCUGCGUCUGGGCUUGUUUUCUGAUGCCUAUUGUCACUAAGUGCAACUGGUUGGGAAUUUUAAAUGGUCGUAUUCAUACCAAAAGCAUUAGUUUUAACAGUCAGGCCAUUGAGCGCAGAACAAUGCUAACAUUGUGCCUCUUUAUGAAAAACAUAUGGGACUCCUGCUGAGGCAGUUGCGGGUUCUAACAUUAUGCUUUGCUCUCUCCUUUGAACGCUGUGGGCAGGGCCUCCACUCCAAAGUCCUCAUCCUAGCAGGGCAGCUGGCUUAUAGUCUGGAUGAAAUAAAUUUAUUUCUGCCUUUUGCCCUGUACAGCACCCCCUGCAUUCUCCCAUUGUUAUUCUUAGAAAAACAUUUAACAUUCACUAGUUACGCCAAUGGAAAUUGUGUGCUGCUCAGACAAAGGACUUCCAGCCCAAGAUGGACUUGAGGAUCGGUGCCUGCUGUGGUCCUGUUAAAGUGCACUUUGGUUCUGUACUGGGUUUUCCCAUGGGGAAUUAUGAGGCUCCUGUGCUUGUCCUUACCAGAUGGGGAGUAGGGUCACACCUCCUGCACCCAUCUUUUCAUCUUGCUUGUGUGUUCUUCCUGCACCAUUUUAUGUCCUUUUCACACUGUUUUUCUGUCAGAGUGCAAGAAUGAGCACCAUAGGUGUUCAGUAUUGGCAUCACACUUUUUUUUUUUAAG